UCAAAAAUAUUUACUUGUUUUUCUCAAGAAUAAUACAUAAAUUAGAAAAAAAAAUAAAUCUGAAGAUCUUAAAAAUACAAUCAAUUUGUGAGUUUGAAUAAGUACUCCCGCAAGUCAGUUAAAAAAAAUAUAUGUAUAUGAUGAAACUGAUAGUUUCGUUAUUACUUUGUUUUUUAAUACAAAUUGUUAAAUGUGAUGAUGGUGGAAUGGAUUUUGGAGAUGCAUUGGCAUUGAUUUUAGGACUUACCUUAGGCGCAAUUGGUAUACUGGCUUGUUUAGGGAAAUACGCAAGAAGAGUUGCUGCUAAUCAAUAUAUGUAGGGAUUAAUCGUUGGGACAUACAAACUAUUUAUAUUAUUAUAAUGUAAAAUAUUAAAAAUAUAUACGGAAAGUUUUUUUUUCAACAGUAACUCAUUUCAAAACAAUAUUUUAUACAGCACAAUAUAUAGAUAGUAGAGCUAUACAAUUUUUCAUCAAUGGGUUGGCUAAUUCUCACUACCAAAUCAAAUAUGAAGUUGUUGACAAUUUCUAGAAAUAAACAAAUUAUAAAUGUUUUAAGAAAUUUUUCACAGUUUUCUUAUAACAAUAAUUUAUCAAUAGAUAAAAAUAGACAAAAAUAUGCGACACAAAAUAAAUAUUCUAGUAUAAAUAUUAUACAAAAAAGAAAUUUUGCGUUGAGUGAAAGUAUUGCCGAAUUUUAUCAGACAAUGUCAAAUAGUACACCAGUGGCCUAUAUUCAACAGGGGCUUGUUGAAAUCCAUGAUUUUACCGGUUUACCGUGGUGGGCUUCUAUAAUGCUAUCUACAUUUUUAUUCCGUACUCUAGUAACUUUACCACUAGCUAUUUACACAAAUCAAAUAACUGCACGAAUAGAAAAUAUAACUUUGGAAAUGCCCGCUAUUGUAAAGGAAUUAAAAAAAGAAACUGUUAUUGCAAUGAAACAGUACAACUGGGAUGAAAAGAAGGCACGUUUGAUUUAUAAUAGAUCUUUAAAAAAACAAUGGAAUAAAUUAAUUGUUCGGGAUAAUUGCCAUCCAUUAAAAACUUUAAUAAUACUUUGGGGUCAAAUACCUUUAUGGAUAUGUCAAUCAAUUGCAAUACGUAAUCUUAUAUAUUUAUUACCAAAUCCAAAUUCAUUAGAAGCACAAAUUAUUGCAACUCAAUUAACUGUUGGUGGUUUUCUUUGGAUACCGAAUUUAACGGAAAUUGAUUCUUCUUUAAUAUUACCUAUAACAUUAGGAAUAUUGAAUUUAUCAAUUAUUGAGCUACAAACGAUGACUAAAAAAAAGGAAACCACAAGACUACAAAGGUAUGCAGCAAAUUUCUUCCGGAUUUUAAGUGUAGGAAUGAUACCAAUUGCAGCUAGUGUACCUUCGGCACUUUGCUUAUAUUGGGUUUCCUCUAGUGCUUAUGGUGUUUUACAAAAUUUAAUUUUGCUGUCUCCUGAUAUACGAAGAAAAGUUGGAAUUCCAAAAGUACAAAGUGAAAUUGAAAAUCCUUAUCAGCAUUUAUUGGCUACAAUGAAAAAAAGAUAUGGUUUCAUAUUUUUCAAAUCUUAGUUGUUUUCAGUUACAAAUCUUAGUUAGCUUUACAAACAUAAAAAUUUUAUAAUUUAUUAAAGUAAAAUAAAUGUAAAUGACAA